CAUCAUCAAUAUAUCUAGCGAAAAACCUCAAAAAAAAAAAAAAGAAUUGAUAUUAAGACUUAAGAUGUCGAAAGACGAGCUGGUGUUGCUGGAUUUCGGGUUGAGUCCGUUUUGCAUGAGAGUGAAAAUUGCAUUGGCAGAGAAAGGGCUGCAGUACGAGGGACAGGAGGAGGACCUGUUCGGAGGGAAAAGUGAGCUGCUGCAGAAAUCCAACCCCAUCUAUGAGAAGGUCCCUGUGCUUCUGCACAACGGCAAGCCUAUUCUUGAGUCCACUAACAUUGUGUAUUACAUUGAUGAGACUUUUGCUUCCCCGCCCUUGCUGCCUGCUUGUUCUUACGGACGGUCCCGGGCACGCUUCUGGGCCGACUUCAUCGACAAAAAGUUUCUUCAGGUGUUUGAUGCCGGAGCCGCAAUAUGGAGGAGCAAAGGCGACGAGCUUGAAUUAGCUAAAAAAGAGUUCAUCGAUAUUCUGAAGAAGCUGGAGGGUGCAAUGGGCGAUAAGGACUACUUGGGAGGUGACACGUUUGGGUUUGUUGACAUUGUACUCAUCGGAUUAUCGUCAUGGUUUCCGGCCUACGAGAAGUUCGGGGGUUUCAAGAUUGAGGACGAGUGUCCUAAAAUUGGAGCUUGGAUCAAGAGGUGCAAGGGGAGGGAAAGUGUGGCCAAAACUCUGCCUGAUCCUCAGCAAGUGUGUGAGCUUGUGGGAAUGCUCAGAAAGAUGCAUGGAAUUGAAUGAGUGAUGAUUUGCUUAGUUUUUGUGAGGAAUAAUGUCUCAUCUCAUGCUUUGUUUGUGUGUGGAUGAGUGCACUUUUCUUUAUGGACUUUUUGAGGUAAAAGUCUGUUUGUGAGAGUUUGUGUUUCAUGUUUGGUGAUUGCUUGUGGAUGUAUGUUUCAUUGUCAAUGUAGUUAAUAAGAAUGUGCUUUUUUAUCAA